AUGUGUGAUCAGCGCCGAGGAAAGUGUUUUAGAUGCGGGCAAGCAGGGCACAUCGCACGCGACUGCCCUCAAGGAGGGGCUUUACCUGCUCAGUCUGUUGCAUCGGCCCCGGCAAUUCCGGCUCGUUAUGCCAUGCCACCUGCUGCGGCGUCGGCUGGGCGUGCGGCGGCACCACGUCAACCUGAACCUGCACGAUCGGCUCCAAUUGGAAGGAUGUAUGCCGCGCAAGUGCAAGAAGAGGAGCUCAUUGAAGCCGAGGAGCGCAAUGUAGUGGCAGGUAUGGUUUUGGUUAAUGGUGUUCGAGCAAGAGCUCUUUUUGAUACUGGCGCAUCUCACUCCUUCAUUAACCGGUCAUUUGCACAAGUGCAUGAUAUUGAGAUUAGUCUCGGGGAGAAUGUGUGGCGUGUAGAAGGACCCGGACGAGCUUUCCUUGUUAGGAAGCGAUGUUUGGCGUGCCCAGUACAAGUGGGUGACUGGAUUAUGCCGGUCGACCUGUUAGUGCUGAAGAGGUUGAAGGAGUUUGAU